GUGCUUUCACUCCGUCAGGACAUCGUCACGACAUCAGUCACGUCAUCCGUAACGACAUCCGUCACGACACACCAUCAGUACCGUCAGGCCACUCCAACAUCACCACCAAAAACUGAACCAAAAAAGCCGCGCUAGAACUUUAAUCGACCGGCGUUUAUUGUGCAAAACUGAAAGUACGUUAAGUUUGUUCCACUAAACGCCGAUGAAACUCUUUUUAUAAUUUAUCUCGAUUAAUUUUUUUCCGUUUUUGACGUUCGGUAGUAAUUAACGUAACUAGUGAACCGUGUCGUAUUGAAUUUUCCAAAUCAAGUGGCGACUUCAGCUGUUUGGAACGAGACUCUAGUGGAACUUGAGGAUCUUCUUCCUUCACAAACCAACUACAACUAAUCGAUGGUGUGUUUGAUUGGCAUGUUGUGUGAGGAGGAAGAAGAGGGAGCAUGUGCGACGAAGAGAGUGACGAAGAAGUCUGUUUGCUUCAAGAACAAUUAGAUGUCGACGAACCAGAUGUCGGUCAAUCAGAAGUCGGAGAAUCACUAACCACCGAACUACAGGAACGCUGGAACACAGACCUAGCAGCGAUCCGCAAACUCUUGGAGUGCGAAUCUAGCUCAGGAGGAGGAGGAGGAGUAGGAGGUACUUGCCCCAGUUGCAAGAUGCCCUUCGACAAAGGCAAGAAGCGCAAGUUGAUCGACACCUGCGGUCAUGAGCGCUGCUACAGCUGCAUGUUCCGCAACGAAGCAUGCCCUCUUUGUCAGGGCUUCGAUGAGGACUCCAUUCUUCCUGCAAAAAAGGUGUCCGGUUCUUCAUCUCUGUCAGACCACCUCAUGAGUGACUCGAAGGGAAGCACUCUGUCUAACAGGCCUCAAGUCAAGACCAAUGGACAUUUCACAACUUACAUGCAGACACGACAAGACAAUGGUCACGAUUGGGGUUCAACAUCUCCCUGUAGACUACCAAGGCCUGGCAAAGGAGAUAUGUGCUGCUAUUCGUCCAAUCCCAUGUCUCAGAGUUGUCCCACACCACCCCAGAAUCGGAAGAAGUUCUUUCUCAGUCCCAAAUCGUUGAGAAGUUCCUGGGGUCUGAGGGGGAAUUCCAGGGUACCUGCGGAUAACGCUCUCUCAGCAAUGAUGUCGAUAUCUAUGACGUCAUCUGGCCUCUCGGAGAACAGAAGAUGGUCGUCUGUGGUGUUGGGCAAGAUCAGAUCCCUGUGGUCCACAGCAGGUGCUCAAGGACUGGGCCUCAAUCAGUUUACAGACGAUGAAGGCGGCAAUAUUAGGCCAGUUUUGAGUCAACCGCCCAAGAAAAGUUCACAGAGUGAUCUGUACAUGCGGCUGGGUCUGUUGCUAGGCGACAAUGCGCGACGCACUCCCCACAAUGGCGGCCGGGCAAAUGGCAACCACAGAGCCAGUCGCAGUCACGACUCCAUCUCGUCUUUGGCCAGCUUUGAAGCUAACACUCUGGCGUCCACCAACACAAGUCCUGUGUCCACGCUAACAGGUUCAUCAGAAGCGGAUGCCCACCGAGUUCUGAAGGAGCCAUCUUUGGAUAGCGUGGGAUCUCUCAUGUCUAUGUCUGGUCACAGCAACUGCUCUUCCAGUCCCCUCAGUAGAAGACAUUCUGUCACAACAUCACACCCCGGCCAAAUAGAAGAACUGAACGCUUUUAGAAAUAGGCGUCAGUCGAUCAGGCGGUCUGCAAGGUCUGGCUCGGUCAAAGGACCUAUCGACCCUAAAGUGAGGUUCGCCCAAUACCGCAGCCAGCACCAGCAGGCGCAGUGCCAACAGCUGACCCUGAAACCCCUGUUCUUCGAGGUGCCCCUGCAGGAGGCUGACCCCCUGUUUGUGGGCCGACACUGGCUGAUGCAUCAGCUGGAGUCAGCCGUCAGCCGCGACAGUCACACGUCGGGAGCUCUCAUCAGCGGGCUGCCUGGAUCCGGAAAGACGGCGCUCCUUUUGCAGUUGGUCGAUUACAGUUGUUUCGGCCGGCGGAGGGAGCCUACCUACAAACAAGUGAUUGCUGAUAACAACUCAACUUGUCUCGUGCCCGACUUCAUCCACUCGCUUUCGGCGCAACUCUGUCAGGCCCCUCAACUAGUCGCAUACAAAGAGUACCUUCAGAGUGAUCCCCAUCUACAGGUCGUUCUCUCGAUGAAAGAGUGCAUAGCCGCCCCAGACGUGGCGUUCACUCGCGGCAUCCUGGAGCCACUGUGCAGCCUGCGCCGUGUGGGCAAACUGGGUGCUGCGCAUGCGCAGGGAGCGUGCAUAGUGGUGGUGGAUGCGGUGUGUGAGGCCGAGUACCACCGACCUGACACCGGCGACACCAUUGCCUCGUUCAUAUCCAAGCAUGCGCCGUCGCUGCCCAGUUGGAUCAAGUUUGUGUUGACGGUGCGCACGCACCUGGAUGAGGUUAUGCCGCCGUUGCCGUUCCACCGGAUCAGUCUGGACAUGGGCAGUGAAAACAGCGACAACCUCCAGAAAGACCUACUGGACUACAUCAACAUCCGCGUGUCGAACAGUCCCAGCAUCCAGAGCAACCUGGUGGCCGGCUCGGCCGGUCAGUUCCGCUUCUGCCAGCAUCUGCUGACGUUGGCGAAAUCCUCCUUCCUCUUCGCCAAACUGACGCUGGACCUCAUCGAACGCGGCCAUCUUGUCGCCAAGUCGGCCUCCUAUAAAGUGCUGCCUGUGUCGCUGGCACAGAUCUAUCAGCUGCAUUUCAAUCUUAGGUUUCCUACUGUCAAGUCUUUCGAGAAGGUACUUCCAAUUCUGAGCGUGUGCCUAGCAGCUUUGUACCCAUUGACUCUUCUAGAAAUCUAUUAUUCUAUGAAUGCUCUCUACACGGAAACGUUCGUUCCUUGGGAAGAGUUCCUUCAAAGAUUCAAGAGUCUGAGUGGAUUCCUGAUCAAGAGGUUAGACAACACAUACAUGUUCUUCCAUCCUUCAUUCAGAGAAUGGCUGAUCCGCAGGGAUGAAGGAGAAAGCAACAAGUUUAUCUGUGAUCUCAGGGCCGGCCACGCAGGCAUAGCACUGCGCCUGUGCCGUCUUCAGGUGCCCCUGGACGCCGAGAAGACGCUGGAGUUGGCCCACCACGUGUUGAAGGCACACCUCUACAAGAACAUGACGCUGCAGCGCAACUCGUCACGUGACCUGCAUGCGCACUGGAUAGCAAUGGCGUCGGCCAGCUGUGAGGACGCGCUGUGUUCGCUCAGGAACGUCUACAGUCCUAAUGUCAAGGUGUCACGCUUACUACUAUUGGCCGGUGCCGACCCCGAUCACAUGACCGAGUUCCUGGGGCAAGCCCCUGCACUUUGCCUGUUUGCCCACGAGGGGUGUGCUGAGAUGACUGCCCUGCUGCUCGAGUUUGGUGCAAGUCUGGAGGGGGCUAACAGUCAGGGCUGCACUCCGCUCAUACUAGCCGCGGCCAGAGGCCACGCAGACAUCGUGCGCACACUUGUGGGUGCAGGUGCAGCUCUCGGGCGCACAGACACGGCGGGCAGGUGCGCGCUCGUGCACGCGGCACGCAACGGCCACCUGGAGGUUGCCGCACUGCUGCUGGCCUGCGACUGGGUCGUUGACCCCCGUCUCCAAGGUCAACACGUGACCUUGGCCGAGGCCGCUCAACAGACACUGGUGGCGGCGGCUGCUCAAGGUCAUCUGGAGAUCGUAGAAUACCUGCUAGACAUGGCAGAGACAUGUGUUGACGGUCGCGACACGUUGACGGGCGAAACGGCGCUGACAGUCGCCGCCGGAAACGGAUGCAGUACGGUCGUCACGGCUCUGCUCAACCGUGGAGCCAACCCCGCUGUCACCAACCAUAAGGACACGACCGCGCUGCUAUUGGCGGUAAGCGAAGGUCAUUGGGCGGUGACCGAGCGACUGCUGCAGUCGACCGCUGGAGUGGGAGGGCUGGCAGGAGGUGCAGGGGGUCUGGACCAGACAGAUGCCCAGGGCAGGACUGCGUUGAUAGUCGCUGCAGCUGAAGGACACACUGGGUUGAUUGAGUUGCUGCUCGAUAAAGGAAGCGAACUGGGUAGGCAAGACAAGGAUGGCAUGACGGCACUGGGCUGGGCGUGUGUGAGAGGGCGAACCCAGGCUGCACAGGUGCUGCUAGACAGGGGUGCAGAGAUCAACCAGGCCGACAACACCGGACGAAUUCCACUCGAUCUGGCCGCGGUGCAGGGCAAUCCCACUUUGGUGCAGCUGUUGUUGGAGCGUGGAGCCAUGUUGGAGCAUGUGGACGUGAGUGGGCUGCGCCCCCUGGACAGAGCCAUAGCAUGUCGCAAUGUGCCCGUGGUGCAGAGCUUCCUCAGGAGGGGAGCCAAGCUGGGCCCCACCACAUGGACUAUGGCCAAUGGAAAGACUGAUAUCAUAUUGGUUCUCCUCAAUAAACUACUGGAGGAUGGCAACGUUCUGUACAGAAAGUCGAGGCUGAAGGAGGCGGCCCACCGCUACCACUAUGCACUCAACAAGUUUCCACCAGCUGAGACUCUUGACUCAACUUUCCAACAGCUUCGAAUCAACUUCCUCCUCAACUACUCACGUUGCAAGCGCAAAAUGAAUGAGCCGGAAGAAGCCAUAGAGCUUGCAACACAAGUUUUGAAACAGAAGCCAAACUCGUUUGAGGCGUUCUAUGCUCGUGCUAAGGCAAGAAUUGAUAUGAGACUACAUGAAGAAGCCCUCUGCGAUGUGCAAGAAGCCCUUCUAUUGGUACCAGUCAACCAGGGAGACGUUAGAAGAGUUCUUCUCAACCUCAGAGACGAAGUUAGGGCGGGAACCAUGACGGCCUCUCUCGAUACCCUUUGCCAGACUGAGACAAGCCUUUGAAACGUCAAACCCAACCGAAAUACGCGUUAGAAUUAAUCGAGUUGAAUGUCUAACUUUGUAAUAAUAUCUCGGUUGUUGACAUAGAUAGAAACUAAUAAUUUUAGUAUUCUCCAAAAAUUUCGUUUCGCUUCAUCCAAAUUAAUUAAAUGAAUAGAAUAUUAUUUCAAUUUAUUUUUAAUCAUAGUAGAUAGGAGAUCAUUUAUGAAUGAAAUGGAUGAUACAAUGUCUAAGAAAUACAAAUAAACUUGAAACGUAACUUGUUGUCAUAUCCACCUUACUAAUCUAACUUGCAUUACUGCGGUCACGUGUUGAAAACAACACACCUUCAACUACAGUAAGAAAGAUUAAUCAAGUGGAUUUGGCAACAAAAACAAAGAGUUCCAAUCAUGUAGAAGUCCCACAGCAACAAUAUAUGUAUUCAACAAAAAAUACAACUUGGUUUCCAAAGAAAUUUUAGAAAAAAAGAUGUUCCACUCCUGGAAUCAUUGAAAAUCAAUAGUUAUCUUGAACUUGAAGUGAGAAAUUUACAAAAAAAAUGUUUCCAUCACAUAAUAUUGUAGCUUUCACAAGUUCAACACUUUGUUGUAAUGAUUAUCAACCAAUUUUGUGUUUAGAAACAGAAUAGUUUUGAAUAAUGUUGAAUUUUCCAGCGACUUUUAAGUUUUGUUUGUUCUUUGAAACUAUGGGUAAGCCAAAACAGUUCCUAAGAUUUAGUUUAACGUGGUGUUGAGAUUGCUUUCUGUCAUGAUAUCGAUAGAUGAGUAGUUUUUCUAUGGAAUGAAUUGAUUUUCUACGUUUUAUUUAUUUUUGUGUUUGCCAUCGGAUCAUAGGAAAUCAACUCAUAGCCUACAUAUUAGUGGUUUGUGAAAUGAGAAAGAGAUAGUAAAUUGAAAUCGUAUAAUUGAGAUAUGAGAAUGUAAUACAUCAAAGAAAAUAUUAAGCUAUAUCGCUAUCAAAUAUACUAGCAUUAUGGUUUUAUUAGACUGUUUUACCAAAGUUGAUAGGAUUCUAAAAUUGAUAUUCCAGGAUUCCUAUAAAAAAGCUUGAAAAAUUUCAUGACUGAGAGAUUUUCCAUAUUUUAUUCUUACUGAUUCAUUGUAGGGAUCGACGUCAAUUUUUUCUGAAUGUUUGUCACAUUCUUUGAAAAAACUUGACACUGCUCUUUUUUGAUUACUUACCAAUAUAGCAGAUAUCCAAUAUUUUUCUAUAUAAUGCAUAAAACUGAUGAGUAGUGUGACUUUUAAUCUAGAAGUACGGUAUUGUCAUUUCUUGUAGCCUACUCACACCGUGUUGAUAUAAUGAUUGACUGAAGGAUUAAUGAAGGAUCAAUCGCCUAUAUGUUAAUCGUUGGUUGUGCCUAACUGUAGAUAGAAAAUAUAUAAAUUUUAUAGAUUUAUUAAUGAGUUAAAAUUGCAUAUUCUAAUUCUCUAACUGUGUUUGAUUGUAGAAUCUCUUGAAUCCCUGUUAAAGAAGUAUUAAUAAUGAAUUUUUAUUCAUCAUACACUUGAAUUUUACUCCAAGAAUACUGGUUUCAAUAUUGGAUUCACCAGAAUUAUUAAUGAAUGAUAAGACGAUUCGAUAUUUCAUUUAAGUGAAACGAUUUUUCCAUCACACAUAUUUUAUAGAUGAUAACUUUGUAUGUUCUUAUGUUUAAAUUCGUUAUGUUGUAUUAUACUCUCAAUUAUUAUUUAUUGCUAUGUUAUAUUAUUUCAUAAUUAUAUAUUCGUUUAUAAUUUGUCUGAUUUUUAUUGUUUGAUGCAUAAUUAUUAUUAUUUUAUCAGAAGACAGUUGUCUUUCAAAUUCCAGCGGUUUAUUUCUGUGUAAAACUUUUUGUAUAUUUAUUUGUUUUCAAAAUGAUAACUUGUACAUUGAUCAUCACCAAAUUAGUAAAGCUUUAAUGAAUGGAAUAAGAUUUUUCUACGUUUUUUAUCAAUUUCAUUUAUGUUAUGAAAGUUCUAUGUUGGAGGAUUGUACAAAAUCCUUAUUGAGAUGGAUUUUAUUCCUCAAUUUUUACUUUUAAAUUUUCUGUUUAUUGAUGGAAGUGUUCCAACUAGUUUAUUAUUCCACUGAUAUACAUGUAGUAUCUAAGAAAUUCAAACACAUACAACUCAUACAAAUAAACAAAACAAUUUGCCUCUCAUUACUUGAGGAGAAAAUGACUUUGAAAUACAACUGUCACUUUUUUAGAUACAACAAAAAUAUUCAUUUACCGAUGUUCUUAUCAUUGAUCUUGGUAUAUAUUGUACUGUUCGUACAUGCGAGAAAAUGAUGAAUCAAUCAUUAUUGAAAUUCGAACUAAAUGUACUGUAUUUUCAGAUAUAACACACAAUAGACAAAUAAGUUAUGUUUCAGAACUGUUUCAAAUAAUCCAGUUUAAUUGUAAUAAUACUUUAAUAAGUAAUAAUAUUAUUACUGUCAACUUUUCAUGAUUAUAUGAGAUGCCAUAGUUGUUAUCUAACCUCUGUUGUUCAGAAGAAAAUAUUAUAACAGAAAAUAAUCGUUUGUAUUUGAAUUUAACUUGAGAAACUUUGUAAUCUAAUUACAAGGAAAAUAAAAAUGAAUUUCUACUGCCAUUA